GGAACUCAUGAGGCUCAUUUCAACUCUCCUCCUCUUGCUACUAAUCACGGUGGGAUCCUCCUCUGCCUCUCCCACUAGUUGGAGGAAAAGGGUUCGUGAGCCAUGCAAGAGGUUGGUGUUUUACUUUCAUGACAUUGUUUACAAUGGUCACAAUGCCAAGAAUGCCACUGCAGCCAUUGUGGGUGCACCCGCAAUGGCCAACAGGACCAUAUUAGCAGGGCAGAGCCAUUUUGGUGAUUUGGUUGUUUUUGAUGAUCCCAUAACACUGGACAACAAUUUACACUCACCUCCUGUUGGACGUGCUCAAGGGUUUUAUAUAUACGAUAAGAAAGAUAUUUUCACUGCUUGGCUUGGUUUCUCUUUUGUGUUCAACUCUACAGAGCACAAGGGUAGCAUAAACUUUGCCGGUGCUGACCCUUUGAUGAAUAAGACUAGGGACAUUUCCGUAAUUGGAGGGACUGGUGACUUCUUCAUGUCUAGGGGAGUUGCUACUCUCUCAACGGAUGCCUUUGAGGGUGAAGUUUAUUUCAGGCUUCGUGUGGAAAUUAACUUGUUCGAAUGUUGGUAA